GCUGCACACUUCAGCUCUUCCCAUGUGUUUGGGCUGCAGUGGAGGCAGGCAUGGAUGUGCUGGCUGAGGAGUUUGGGACUCUGACCCAAGAGCAGCUAAUAGCGCCUGUGGAUACGGUGGAGGAAAAAUGGAAGUUGCUGCCGGCUUUUUUAAAGGUGAAGGGUCUUGUGAAGCAGCACAUAGACUCAUUCAACUAUUUCAUCAACGUGGAGAUUAAAAAAAUAAUGAAAGCCAAUGAAAAGGUGACAAGUGAUGCAGACCCGAUGUGGUAUUUAAAGUACCUCAAUAUUUAUGUGGGUGCUCCAGAUGUUGAAGAGAGCUUCAAUGUAACCAGACCCGUAUCUCCACAUGAGUGUCGGCUUCGAGACAUGACCUACUCUGCACCAAUCACAGUUGAUAUUGAAUACACAAGAGGCAGCCAAAGGAUUAUCCGCAAUGCCUUACCUAUCGGCAGAAUGCCAAUCAUGCUGCGAAGUUCUAACUGUGUCCUUAUGGGCAAGACUCCAGCUGAAUUUGCAAAACUAAAUGAGUGCCCGCUGGACCCUGGUGGUUACUUCAUUGUGAAAGGAGCUGAAAAAGUAAUCUUGAUUCAGGAACAGCUGUCAAAAAACAGGAUUAUUGUGGAGGCUGACAGGAAGGGAACUGUGGGCGCCUCGGUUACAAGCUCUACCCAUGAGAAGAAAAGCAGAACCAACUUGGUUAUGAAACAGGGGAGAUUCUAUUUAAAGCACAAUACAUUGUCAGAAGAUAUUCCUAUCGCCAUUAUCUUCAAGGCAAUGGGUGUCGAUAGUGACCAAGAAAUUGUACAAAUGAUUGGGACAGAGGAACACGUGAUGGCGGCUUUUGGGCCAAGUUUGGAGGAGUGCCAGAAAGCACAGAUCUUCACCCAGAUGCAGGCUUUAAAGUAUAUUGGUAAUAAAGUAAGAAGGCAGAGGAUGUGGGGCGGAGGAGGACAUAAAAAGUCCAGAGUGGAUGAGGCUCGUGAGCUCCUAGCAUCGACCAUACUGGCUCAUGUUCCGGUAAAGGAAUUUAACUUCAGAGCAAAAUGCUUCUACACUGCGGUCAUGGUCCGGAGAGUGAUCUUGGCUCAAGGAGAACAUAAAGUUGAUGAUCGAGAUUAUUAUGGGAACAAGAGGUUGGAGCUUGCAGGACAGCUGCUUUCACUCUUAUUUGAAGACUUGUUUAAAAAGUUUAAUUCUGAGAUGAAGAAGAUUGCUGACCAGGUCAUUCCUAAGCAAAGGGCUGCUCAGUUUGAUGUUGUCAAGCAUAUGCGUCAAGACCAGAUCACCAAUGGCAUGGUAAAUGCCAUCUCUACGGGCAAUUGGUCGCUGAAGAGGUUUAAGAUGGACCGCCAAGGUGUGACGCAGGUGCUCUCGCGAUUGUCUUUCAUAUCCGCCUUAGGAAUGAUGACAAGAAUAUCAUCCCAGUUUGAAAAGACGAGAAAAGUCAGUGGCCCUCGAUCCUUGCAGCCUUCACAGUGGGGUAUGCUGUGCCCUUCCGAUACUCCUGAAGGAGAGGCUUGUGGUCUAGUUAAGAAUCUUGCACUAAUGACACAUAUCACAACUGAUAUGGAGGAUGGACCCAUAAUUAAAUUGGCCAGUAACCUAGGAGUUGAAGACGUCAAUCUGCUGUGCGGUGAAGAGCUGGCGUAUUCAAACGUCUUUAUAGUUUUCCUCAAUGGAAACAUUCUUGGUGUUAUUCGAGACCACCAGAAAUUGGUGAACACCUUCCGAUUAAUGAGAAGAGCUGGUUAUAUCAAUGAAUUUGUCUCCAUUUCCACCAACCUUACGGACAGAUGCGUGUACAUCUCCUCUGAUGGAGGUCGGCUUUGCAGACCCUACAUUAUUGUUAAAAAACAAAGACCGAUGGUGACCAACAGGCACAUCCAGGAACUGUCCCAAGGCUACAGGAGCUUUGAGGAUUUUCUACAUGAAAGUCUGGUGGAAUAUUUGGAUGUGAAUGAAGAGAAUGACUGUUACAUAUCCCUGUAUGAACACUCCAUAAGCAAGCACACCACCCAUUUAGAGAUUGAGCCCUUUACUUUGCUUGGGGUUUGUGCUGGACUCAUCCCGUACCCGCAUCACAACCAGUCCCCAAGAAACACUUAUCAAUGUGCUAUGGGAAAACAAGCAAUGGGGACUAUUGGAUACAACCAGAGGAAUAGAAUCGACACAUUGAUGUACUUGCUGGCAUAUCCUCAAAGGCCGAUGGUGAAGACAAGGACUAUUGAGCUUAUAGACUUUGAAAAACUUCCCGCUGGACAGAACGCCACUGUGGCGGUGAUGAGUUACAGUGGUUAUGACAUUGAGGAUGCCCUUGUAUUAAAUAAAGCUUCAUUAGAUAGAGGCUUUGGACGUUGUCUUGUGUACAAAAAUGCCAAGUGUACUCUGAAGCGCUACAGCAACCAGACGUUCGAUAAAGUGAUGGGACCUAUGCUAGAUGCCACCACACGCAAGCCAAUUUGGAGGCAUGAAAUCUUAGAUGCUGAUGGCAUCUGCUCACCAGGGGAAAAAGUGGAAAACAAACAAGUGCUUGUCAACAAGUCCAUGCCAACUGUCACCCAAACUCCUCUAGAGGGCAGUAGUGUGCCUCAGCAACCACAGUUUAAAGAUGUGCCUGUAACCUACAAAGGCUCCACCGAGUCUUACAUUGAAAAGGUAAUGAUUUCCUCUAACGCAGAAGAAGCGUUCCUCAUUAAAAUCCUACUAAGACAAACAAGGAGACCUGAAAUUGGUGAUAAAUUCAGCAGUCGGCAUGGACAGAAAGGUGUAUGUGGUUUAAUAGUGCAACAAGAAGAUAUGCCAUUUUGUGAUACAGGGAUCUGCCCUGAUAUUAUCAUGAAUCCUCAUGGCUUCCCAUCUCGUAUGACGGUUGGGAAGCUAAUCGAACUCUUGGCUGGAAAAGCAGGGGUCCUGGAUGGAAGGUUUCACUAUGGGACAGCCUUUGGGGGCAGCAAAGUAAAGGAUGUGUGUGAGGACCUCAUUCGAUAUGGUUAUAAUUAUCUGGGGAAAGAUUAUGUAACAUCUGGCAUAACUGGAGAACCUCUGGAGGCCUACAUUUACUUUGGCCCUGUGUACUACCAGAAGUUGAAGCACAUGGUGCUGGAUAAAAUGCAUGCCCGAGCAAGAGGACCCAGAGCCGUUCUCACAAGGCAGCCCACUGAAGGACGAUCCCGUGAUGGUGGAUUGCGUCUUGGAGAAAUGGAACGUGACUGCUUAAUUGGUUAUGGGGCCAGCAUGCUGCUACUGGAGAGACUGAUGAUUUCCAGUGAUGCCUUUGAGGUGGAUGUUUGUGGACAGUGUGGAUUACUUGGUUAUUCUGGCUGGUGCCAUUACUGCAAAUCAUCCUGCCACGUAUCUUCACUGAGGAUUCCCUACGCCUGCAAACUCCUGUUCCAAGAACUGCAGUCGAUGAAUAUCAUACCCAGGCUUAAGCUGUCAAGAUACAAUGAGUGACCAUUAUGCUGUAGACCUUGGACUUCUUUUUAAAAAUGAAUAAAACAGGGAGAAGUAAGGAUUAGGACUGAGACAGUGUGCGGCAGACACUGAUUUAUUUAUGGACCUCUCGCUGUCUGUAGGACUGGCACCAUGCCACAGAUGCAGGCAGACGGAUAUCUGGUUCUCAGCAUGUACGAGGAGUACAUCUAAUGAAGCUUUGUAUUAUAUUUGUAAAGUUAUAAAUGUUCAGAGAACAUUGAAACCCAGUGACGUGAGGAGAUGUUUUGUUGAUUUUUUUAUGAUCAUCGUCUCAAACGUUAAUAAAAUAUGAAAUUGUGACUUA